UGCUAUUUGGUGUUUCAUUUUCAUUUUCAGUUUCAGUUGGCCGAUGGUGCGCUUACAAAACGCCGGUUCUCGGCGGACGCGUUCGCUUUCGCGCUCCUUCAAAAACCAAAAUCCCCCGAAAUCCCCCCCAUACUCACACUCAUACUCACCCACACAUACUCCCAUUUUGAAAGAAAGAGGAGUGUUAGGCGAUGGGUGGAGGGUGGUGAAAGUGCAAUAAGAAAGAGUGCAGCUGGGUGAGGAGGGGGCUCGGUCAAAAGGGGGCGUGAUGGGGUGAGGCAGCAUUCUGGAGCAGAACUUUCGCAAUUGGUUGGCGUUAUUUUUGGAUUAAGCAGCGCCAAAUUGUAACAGACGAACGAACAACGACCGACAAUUAACGAUUAACAUUAAGACCAACUGAAGUAGGGGAAAGUGCUUAGGAUUCUUUUUUGCAAAACACCAACCCACAUAUACCGCCAGCAAGAACAAGCAAAAGAACACCGAUAAGCGGAACUAAGACGAGUUGGAAAUUUUCAAAAAUAUUUUUUAUCAACAAUAUUUCUUUUUGAAAAAACUUUCGAAGACAUCCGAAGUGAGCUGCGAGGCAAACAAAAGUCAGCCAAGGAGUAAACGAAGUAAAGCAUUUGAAAGGAGCAACUUGAAUCGGCAGGAAGAAGCAGUUCUUGAUAUAUAUAUCUCAAAUAUAUAUAUAUAUAUAAUGGCCGCCCUACAACGGAAGCUGGUGCACAAGCAGUUCAACUCGCCCAUGGGCCUCUAUUCCCAGGAGAACGUGAAGGCCACCUUGAACCGCGAACUGAAAGCCUUCGGCGGCGAGGGGAUUGAAGUCGACGACCAAAUCACGAAGCCUUUGAACCUGGCCAACUCGGCCGUUCUGCGCGCCGUCGAGGAGGAGGAACAACAAGCCAAAUCUGAUUUUUACCCCACUGAAAGACAGAGCCGUCGGCGACAGCGUGGCGAGGUGGAAGCCCUGCAUCACACGCUACACCAACAGCUGCUGGACCAGAUCAAAACGGACUAUCUCAGUCACCAGCAGGACAUCACCAUUGACCGCGAUACGGUGCUGAAAAUCAACCGACUGGCCAACAAAAGGCAUAUGCUUAAGCGGGAUCACAGCUGGCCUCCAGCAGAGCAGGAUAUGGUUUUAAAUCCCGAUCAGAGUCAUCAGAUCGCCUGCAAUCCAUCGCACAGUAUUGAGGCUCUAAGGGAGAAAUUCCAGAGUCCCACUAUGAUUGUGGAACCAACGGCUAAGGAAGUUAGGGAACAGCGAAAGCGAGAAGGUGGUUCCAAGGAGAGAUCUAAGACCCCUCAAAGAGUUUCCGGAGAACGCGACAUGGCUGAGGUUUUCCAUCAGACUCCCAUAUCGAAGGGCUUUUCCGCUCCAGAAACCAAGGCAGCCGAUGUGGACUUGGGUUUGGUGGCGCCACGAUGUGAAUACUACGAACAGCUGGCCCACAAAAGACCCACCACUCCAACAUUACCCACUCCAGUUACUCCAUAUCGGCCCAGAUAUAAGAGACAGGCAUACUCUCUGGACCGCGGACGUUGCCGCAAGCGGACUGUGGGUGCUCCGGAACUACCGCCACCCAAGCCCAGAACAUCCAAGCCAAAAGUCCAACGGAGAUGCAUCAAAAUGGCCACCGAGGUGAAGAUCUCUUAUGGCCACGACGGCGACAGCGAAGAUGAACCCAAUUCUGGGCAAGAUGUGGACUUGGAGACCUUGCCGCUGCCACCGACACCAGCUGCCGCGAAUCUCAAUCAAGCGAAGACAGCGGGACGAAUGGUAAUUGACAACCUGGCAGUUAAGCAGCAGCAGCAGAUGGCUCUGGCUUUGGCCACAAAUGGGAGCAUUAGCCAGCCGAAUCCGUUGGCCAACACUCGCAUUGUGCCUAUUCGCGUGGAAGCCUCGUCGGAUCCGGUCAAGCUGAGUGCCCAGCAGAUCUACGACGACGCCUGCUCGUAUCUGCAGGAUCACCAGGAUAUGGAGGAGGAUGCCCGACCAGAGAGUCCCACCUACGUGAGUGCCACCAGUGGGAUAAAGUUGCUCCAGCGGCAGUCAAGCAGUACGCCAACUACUCCGAUUCCAACACCACCUCCACCUCCAGUAAUGCGUUCCAAAUCUACCCAGGAUUCGCAGGCGAAGGAUAAGCAAACGAGAAGGCAGGGUGGUAUUUACACCCUAGAAACGGAUGCGGAGAAACAGCAUGAGGCCCAUGUGGAGAUCGCCCAAUUGGAGGCGAAAUAUGCCCACAUCCAGCAGUCCAUAGCCGAGCAUCUCCUCCAGAUCGAUGCUUAUAUGGAGAAUGCCAAGCAGGCGCUGCAGAGAAGUGCCCAGACCACACCGGUUCCCACUCCCACACCGCCAACGCCACCGCCACCACCGCCUCCACCACCAGCUCGACCUGUAAGACCCAUUAGUUCGGGAUCCAACGAAUCCUGGGACAUCUUUGCCCAUCGCCAGUCACCCAUUUUGGCCGCGGAAAGUCCACUGCAGGCAAUACUCCGGCAGAUUUACACCCGGGCAGCUGGAGUACCCACGAGGCUUUCAAAAGAGAUUAAGGAGGCAACCCCAGCUGAGGAGGAGGAGGCAUCGCUUACCGAAAACGUGCCCAUUGUGGAGCGGGCACUAGAGGAUCUCCACAAGAUUGCAGUGGCUCUAGAGCAAAAACCGGAGACCGUGGAACACAUGCACGUAGAACUUCGGACAACGCCAGCUGUCAUUGAAGCUGAGCACGUAGUCAUCAAGGACGAGGACGACACCGAGAAUGAGGACUUGGAGUACAGACACGUAUCGGAUGUAAUUGCCAACUAUGAGCAGUUGGCCAAAAAGGAGUUCGAGGAGUGGAAAGAGGAACAGGUGGGCAAGAGGGAGCUAGGAGAGGUAAAGGAUGUACCACCGAAAACCGAGUUAAGAAAAGCUAUAGAGGAGCAGCUGGCCAAAAAAGGGUCGAGAGAAGGUAAAAAGGUAAUUCCAGAGGAAGUAAAAAAGGAACUAUUACCCAAAGUGCCUAAAAAUGAUGAGAUACAGGACUCAAAUGAGGAAUCACUGGCCAACAAAGUGCCCAGAAAGGAGGAGCCAGUAGUCAAACAAGUUUUGCAGGAAAGUAAUAAGGAUUUAGUUACAAAGAAACCCACAUCAGAGCCUCCACAAAGUAAAGAAUUAGAGGAGAAAGAUAGAUCCUGCAUCCAUGAGGAUCACUCAACUUACUGUCCUGUUUGUGAUGAACUGCGCUGCUCCCCCAACAACUGGGGCAAACUCAAUAAGGCCGAUCAGUGGCGCAUCGCCAACCUGCAUAAUGAACCCUUGAAGAACUAUAAGGCCACCUAUGAGAUUAGAAGCCCCUAUAUCUCACGUCAGAUCUCCUGGGAGGAUACCCAGUCGGUCAAAGAGAAUACUCCACCCGAGAAGCUGCAGCGCCAGCGAAGUUUCGUGGAGAUUGUGACCACACCAGCUCCAGAUUCUCCGCCACCAUCGCCACCGCCACCGCCUCCGCCACCGAAGCUAAUCAGCCUACAGGAACCGGAAACAGAAAUAACUUGGGAGAGGAGCCGCUCGCCCAGUCCGCUGCCAUCUCGCAAGUAUCCUGCUCCACUUAUAGAAGCUCCACAGCGUUCCAGUUCUCCAUAUGGUCUGAAUCCUGUCCAGGCGAAAGCCACACCAUCGCCUGUCCUCCAGCCAAAAUUCUCGCAUGUGCCACAGCUGGAGGGCCAUAAUAUUGGACUCCUGGUGAAAACCGCCACAGAGCCACUGCAGCAGAGCAUGUCGGCAUCCUCCUCAAUGCUGGCUGCCACGCCGCCAGCAACGCCUCGUUCCGCGGCACAGCCUUCACCCUUUGACUUCCCAAGUCUCGAGUCGAUGGAGCCGGACAAGUUCCGUUCCCUGGCUUCCUUCGACGAGGUACAAAGGGACUUCAGCGUUAACCGAUCCUUCGAUAAUGUAUCACCACGACCAUAUCUGGGAAUUGAAGGCUACAAGCGUGUGGCCUGGCCACCGGCCUCGGAGGAGCGGAUCAUCCGGGAGUUCACCCCCCAGCCGCAAACCCAGAGCCCGGCCCCGGGCUCUGGAGGCUACUAUCCUCAGGCCCACGCACCCACCGCAGCUGCUGCCCCACCUCAGGGUCCCAUUUAUAACAACGUCCAGCCACGCACCACCCAACCACCACAAAAUGUCUACGCCCAAGCACCACAACCCACCUCCAACAGCUAUACCAACACCCAGUUCCCAUCAGAUAGCUAUACGCAGCAGGAGCAGCAGCAACCUGUUCAGUAUACACAGGCCCAGUUCAAUCGGCAACGCUCGAGGGAACCCGUUCAGGUUCCAGCUCCAUCUCCAGCUCCCGCACCCGCGUCCGAUCCCAAUGAUUAUGCCUAUCCGAACUAUCAGUCAAACUAUCCGCAGGAGCAGCUCCAGGCCGUGAACAAUGUGGGUGGUGGCUGGAAACAUAUUGGUGCCCCGCUGCCUAAGUCGCGCAGUGAUUAUACCGCCGGAGGAGGAUCGUAUCCUCCAUUCCAGGGAUCCUCACAGCAGCCCCAACAGCAGCAGCAGCCUUACUAUCAGCAGCCGCAGCAACAGCAGCAGCAGUACGGUGCUCCGUCUUACGGUAGUCAACAGCAGCAACCGCAGCAACCUGCAGCACCAUGGCAACAGCAACAGGUUCCACAGCAGCAAUAUCAGCCUCAGCCUCAGGCUCAGGCUCCGUAUCAGCCGCAACAGUGGAACCAACAGCAGCAGCAACCGCAACAGCAGCAGCAGCCAUCGUACCAGACUUCACCGUACCAGCAGCAGCAACAGCCGCAACAACAACAACAGCAGCAGCCUUCCUAUUACACACAGCAAAACGGUGGCUCGACCUAUGCUCAACCCCAAUACAAUUCUUAUUCGCAGCCCCAGUUGCCCUACUCGCAGGAUCAGACCGAUCUGCAGGAGCAGCAUCCUGGAGCCUUCGCUGGUCAGGAUAGCUACCGGGGCGCCAGUCCCGGUAUCAUCACCCUGCGCAAGGAGGCCCCAGUGAGCCAGCAGCCUGCGCCAGUCUACACUUCGCAGCCUGCCGCCGUCAGCUAUCAGGGAGGCAGCAAAUUGCGCGGAGAUUUGAAAUGGCCACCACCAGAGUACAAGGAGGCCGCGGCUCGUGAGAACGAGGAGCGACGCCAGCUGGCGUUGGGCCCCGUUUGCCGUCCCAGAAGAAUCAAUAGGGACUACACACCUUUCUUUGCCAAGCACCAAUUGAACAAUGGCUAUCCCAGCUACAAGGUGCCACCCGGCACCCAGCACAUUUUCGGCUAAGUUUGGAAAGGGAAUCAAUAAGAUACAAAGAACAACAGCAGAACAAUAGAAAUUCAAUGGAACCCACUUCAUAAUAAUACUGAAAACGAUCAUGUAUAUGUUACUAAAACGAAUCACUAACGAACCAAACUAUAUAUAGGAUAUAUACAAUUGUUAUACUAAUCUUAAAUGACCACUAACGACGCCAUAUAUAUACAUAUGUUACGAAACGAACCCAUGAUAGGUGAAUGCAAUACUACACCAGGUGUGACUCCAUUCCAUGAAUCAUCUUCGGUAUUUUCAUAUACAAUUGGAUGCUUACUAAUCUUUUGAACAGAAAGCAUCAAUCGAUUAAGGAUGAUACAGAUGAUGACUCGUGGAUAUGGAACUCCCUGAUCCGGAUGCCCAAACGGGGCGAUGGAUAACGAUAUUCUCUAUGUACCCAUACUAUAUACACAUAUUUGGAGCAUGUGCAUAUAGUAUGGCUAAGAUAGGAGACCAGAACUAUAUAUUAAACCAUAUAGCGAUAGCUUCUAAGAUGAUUGUUAAAAAUGUUAACUAGCAAAUGAAAUGGAUACGAUGCGACCCAAGACGGAAACUGAUAAUGAGAUUGAACCUUGUCUUAGAUGUAAGAGCACUACUAAACUAUUUAUUGUGAGCAUAUUCUAUUUAACGCAGAUCCUGUGGGGCCACAUUUGGCUCAAGGAAUCCCGUUCGGAACCAUUCACUAAUUGUAAAUUCGAAUAUGAUGAGUUCUGGGAUCUACAUCCUUUGGAGCAGCACGCACAGGAUUCUCAAUGUUUAUUGUUUGAGUUUGCAUGCUUUUUGCUUAUAUCUAUACUAUAUGCACAUAUAUAUACAUAUAUUUAUUUCGACAUUGUUAAACUGCAAAUUAUAAAAAACCGUCAAUUAUCCCGCUAAGUAAGUUAUGCAAGAAACUAAAGGCGAUUAGGACGAAACAUAUCUGUGAGUUGAGAAAAAUGCCAUUCAAGGAUAUAAAAAUCAACGAGCCCAUUCUGACCCCCCAUAACGCCCAAUCAACCCCUCCCAUACACUCAAGGUCGGCACUUUAGUUCGCCAGCUGACCCCGGGCAAUAAUAUGAGGAUGCCGUUGCCUGCUGGAAGAGCAGCCGCGAACUCAGUGCCUAGAUCUUGAUGUGUAUGGGGCGGGGAUGUGGCCGGAGCGGAGUCGAGGAUAGACCAAACACUCUCAGACUUUACCAAUUACUAUGACCAGCAAUGUCUAUUACACAACUACAAUACGAUGUAUAACUAAUAUGAAAUGAGAAUCUAAAUAAACGGCAAGUUUUGAAUACUCGCGACGAAAAGAUCUA